UAAAUAAGUUUUUACAUGCAUUUUCUUUGCACAUACCAAAUUUUAUUGAAAAAUAUUGUGUAGCAGAUAGUUAAAUCAAUUUAGCACUUUUAGUACCUAAUUUCUGUUUUUCCGAUUUUUUUUAGCGGAUUUCCCGUCUCAUUAUUUUGAGUAGGGUUAGGCAAACAAUUUUUUGUUGGUUUUUUUUACAGAAACGUAUAUACACAUAGUAUAUUUUCAGAAAGAAGAAGAGUUAGGCUUGUUUUUUGUGUUAUUUUUUUACAUGAUUGUCAUACCUUUUUUUUUACUAUUUUGCUCAUGAAAAUCAUUUUGAUGUUUACUUGUUCAAUUAUUGUUGAAGGAAUCUAUAUUCCGCUUUUUUGAUUUUUUAAAUAAGUUUCUACAUGCUUUUCUUUUGCACCUGCCAAAUUUCAUGAAAAAAUAUUAUGUAGCAAUUAGUUAAUUCAGUUAAACACUUUUGGUACCUAAUUUCUGUUUUCAAAAAUAGCCGAGGUGGGGCUGAGGGGGAGAGAGUUUUUUUUUCUUUAAAAAUGUUUAUUGCAUAUUGUUUCACUUAGAUUGUUAGUAAUUAAAAAAAUGAAUAUUAUAAAUGAACUGGGUAAUCAAACAGAUACUUCAUCGUCAUCUGAUGCAGUUGUUUUAUCAACAUCUGCCAGUGGCAAAUUUUUUCAGAUCUGUAUAGAGUUAAUGUCGAAAUCAAAGUUAUUUUGGUUAAUUUUUUUACCUUUAGCUUUGUCACCAUCUGCUAUGGUUGUUCCAUCUACAUCUGAAACAGUUGUUUCAUCAACAUCUACCACAUUUAGAAAGUUUAAAAGCUAUUUCUUUGUUCACUUUGUAUGUAAUAUGUGUAUCUGCAUCUACAUCUGCUUUGGUUGGGUUUAUAUAAAAUGCUUCAUAAUGCUUUGAAAUCUUAACUAUCAUUGAAAAGAUGAAUUUAUACAAACACUUAUCUGCAAAACAACUUGAAGAUUUAGAUGAUGUGAUGUCUGAAAGAAUUGCUGGCAGAAAACUCUGUCAUGAAUGGUAUGAUACUGACUCAUCAAAGUCUAUCAUUUAUGAUGGUAGACUA